GCGGCGCCGCCACCAGAUGCGGCGCCGACCCCCGCCCGCGCCGGGUCCACGGGGCGCGAGCUGUCGCGGUCGUCCUACUCCACCGCCACCGGCGGCGACGCCGAGAGGCGUGAGGACUCGAGCAGCGCGGAGCGGCGCGAGCUGGACGCCGAGGUGCCCCCCCGGCGCGAGUCGGAGAGCGUCGAGUUCAACGACAGACGGGACGCGAUGCCUCCGAGUUCGCCAAGCGAGCGGAGCUGCAGCACGGUCAACAAAUACGAGCAGGCGAUCAAUGUCUACGCGGACAUCGGGGGCACGGGGCUGAUCGAGAACACGAGGCUCAAGCUUGAGGCCACGAGUGCGCACAUCAAAGACAUGCGUACCCCAGCCACAUCCCACAAGCAGUGCGCUCAGAAGCUCGAGAAGGCAAAUGACAAAGAAGAAACGGUGCUCGGCAAAGAGGUUGCGGCGCGCGCGGCAAAGCUCGGCGGCGGCAAAGCAGCUGAGGAGUUCGUCGAGGUGCCCGAAGAUGUGCUGCAGCUGGGCCCUGAGAGCAGCGAGCUCAAGAGUGACCCCGGGCUGCUCCAGUUCUACAGGUCCUUCGCGUUCCGUACUUCAGCAGGCGACUUGACGGAGGCAGUGCAGCCAGAGCUGGCGGCAGCACGGAUUGUGUUUGACGAGGUCAAUAGUUUGCGAUGGGACCUUGAGGUCCACGGGUUGUCUAUGAAGAGAGGAUGCUCUGCGACGGCGCCGAUGCCAGGCCGAGCCGAGGGGGCGCGCUUCAUGGAUACGUGCAACGCGAACCAGGGCAAUCAGACCCUGCAGAAGCGCCUCCUCCAGACGGAGUCGCUCAUUGUCCUUGCGCAGGAGAUCGGGUAUCAUGGCUGGGAGUGCGAAGCGUUGAGUGCAUGGGCCAGCGACCGCAGGUGGAAUGUGACUAUCGUUCCAGGUGCGCCUGCGGAAGGGAAGUUGCCGUCGGCAGGGCUCUGCAUCUUCGCGCGUGAAGGACAGGGAAUGACUAUCGAGAACGUGAAGAUCCGGAUGAAUGUCGGAUUGGCGAUGGCUGGGCGGCAGCGCCCAUCAUUAAUCGGUGGAGGUUGGUAUAUGCCAGCUGCGGAAGCCGAAGCGUCCACAGUCACGGCCACUGCGCAGUUGUCAUUGCCGGUGCCGACAGGCGUGACUUGCAGAGCGGCGACGGCCAACGCAGCCGUCGACCUCUUCGCGCCCGCAGCUGGCAUGAUGCGACUUGUCCAGCCAGUCAAGGCAGACCUCGAGUGGGCGGUCAAACCCCAUAGGCCUGUGAUUGCUGCAUUUUCAUCGCGCGGCAAUGGGCUGGUCUACCUCGCGUGCGUAGGAGGCGACAAGCUAUCGCAGCAGAAGGAUGCCAUCGCGACGCUGGCCAACCUGAAGCCAGGCAGGGCAGCCCCCGACAUCGUGAAGCUCAAAGACGAGAUCCACAGUGCCAAUCUGACUGCCUUCUACCUGAAGUGGCAGUGGCGCGUGAUGAAGCUGAAGUUGGACAACAUGUACUGCAAGCGCUACGGGAUGCAGGAUAGCAUGACCCACUCGUUCACGGAGCAUUUGCGUACCAUGAUGAAGACAUUCCUCGGAUGGACCUCGGGCUACAAGCACGCGUCGUCGACAUCGAUGGCAAUGGCGUGGAUCAGACCAGCGACGCUGCGCGCCGACUCCAAGGGCGCGAUCAACCUCUUCCAGCAGGUGGCGCAGGAUAUGGUGCAGGUUACACAGCGUUACGGUGGAGUCUUCGGAUUUGCGCACAGCUUGGGCGUGCUCAAUUUCAUCCAGGAUGUGAAGCACAUCAAGGCACGCCGAUCAGGUGAAGGGUACAGCAACCUAGAUGCGGCGACAAAGAGGAUCACCGACGGCAGUGUUGUGGCUGACCGUUUUGUUGAGCUAGGUGCCGCUGGCGUGGUGCCUGACUGCACGGCCUUGAGCACCUGUGCCAGCUGGUUCUCGAGCCGCUGCGAGCCCCUGCUGGCCGGACACACCGCCCUGGCCGACGUGGCCCCCCUCGUCGACGGGGGCCUCAUGCCCGCGGGCCGCGCCUCGCUCAGCGGCCGGGGCGACUGGGCCUCCGCGCCGCUCGGGGGCAGCCUGGAGCGGGUGCUGGCCGAGUCGACCGCGUACGCCAACAACGCGGGGAUGUAUAUGCCCAGCCUCGGGUCGGGCGUGUCCGUUUUGCAGGGGGGAGUAUCCAAGCCUUCGGGGGGCGAUGUUUCUGACAGGUCUGGCUGGUUUUGA